GUACUUUUUAUGUCGGAUAAAAAACUACACAUUAAUUAUUCGCAUCGGCAUUAACGCUUCUCACUGAACUUUGACGCUUCUUGGACUCGCUCAGCUUGCUCGCAGACUGCGCAUGCGUCCGUCGACAUUUUGGACCACGAUUUCACCCUACCGAAAGGAUUGGAAAAAGUUCGGAAAACGACCAGAUUGUCACCGUUUUUGCUCUUUUUGCUUCUCCGCAUCCCGCGUAAGGAAGGAAACAAUCGUUCGUUCUUGUUUGGACACAACUUGUCUCAUUGCCGCUUCGUAGGCUGGCAGGCUAGCUUAGCUUGCUAGCCAGGCUAGCUUAGCUUGCUAGCCGCUAACAAAAGACGCGGAAGUGGUCGACACGAAACCAAACGGGAUCGGCUGUGAGUGUAAAGUGGGAUCGUGUGAAAAUGUGUCAAGUCCAAAUGCUGAGAGCGUUGGUGAAUCAGCGACUAACUGCGGCUGUUGAAGAAAUAUUUGUAGUGUUGGAAAGAACCAUAGCAGAGUACGAGGAGGAACUUUCUCGAACAAAAGAGGAGAACGAGCGACAACGUCAACUACUGGACGCCGUUUUCAGGAAGCAGGAAGUUGUGUUGCACAGAGCAGUCAGUGAAGAUGAUCUUCCCCCACGGCCCCCCCCCAUCAAAGAGGAGGGCGAGGAGCCCCGGCCCCCCCACCUUAAAGAGGAAGAGGAGGAGCAAGAAGCACCGGAGGAGUUGUCGGUGAUCGGUGUCGUCGUGAAGAGUGAGGAUGAUGAAGACGGCGGUGAAAGCGAGGAGAAGAGAGGGGCGGAGCCUCCCGGCAGCAGCUGGGCUCCGCGGCAGGUCAACCCCCCCGCAGGUCCCCAUAGCGACGCCGAUGAGGCCGACCUGACGUGUCCCGCCGACAGCGCCCCGCCCUUCACGUGUCCGGUUUGUGGCAAAGGAUUCUCUCGGAACGCACAUUUGGUGACGCACACGAGGACGCACACGGGAGAAAAACCUUUCAUUUGCUCCGCGUGCGGCCAGGGGUUCUCUCAAAAGGGCAGCUUGAAGAAACACACGAGAACGCACACUGGAGAGAAACCCUUUUCCUGCUCAGUCUGCAGCACGAGUUUUAGCGACCGCUCGGCGUUGGUGAGGCACACGAGAAGGCACACUGGAGAGAAACCCUUUUGCUGCUCGGUUUGCAACGCUCAUUUUAGUCACCGUUCGGCUUUGGUGACCCACACGAGGGCGCACACCGGAGAGAAACCGUUUUCCUGCCCUGUCUGCCAAACACGGUUUCGAGCUCGUUGGGGGUUGGUCCAGCACAUGAGAACGCAUACGGGAGAGAAACCUUUCGCCUGCUCGGUUUGCGAGCAACGAUUCUCUCAAAAGGCGACGUUGAGAGAACACGCCAGAUUGCACACCGGAGAGAAACCGUUUACCUGCUCAGUGUGCGACAUGAGUUUUAGCUAUCACUCGUCAUUCGUGCAACACACGAAGACACACGAGUGAUGCGUUUGGAGGAGUCGUUACCCGGGCAACCUUUCAUCCAAAUAAACUACGUUUCUGGACACGCGUGUUUUGGGAUCUCUGUUGGGUUCCUUCCGUGGAGGAAGGCUGCGUCUUUUUCCAGAAUAGUUUGAAAACGUCAGACUUUCAACGAUGCGCCGUAACCUUUUCACCCACACUUUUUACAGCAUCCCUAACCUUUUCACCGACACUUUUUACAGCAUCCCUAACCUUUUCACCGACACU